AUGGGAGAAACAGAGCAGAAGGAGGAAUGGUCAGUUCCAGACUCAUACAUUGUAGAUCCUGAUGCUGGAAUAAUAACAUGUGUCUGUGGUUAUGAUGAAGAUGACGGAUUUACAAUACAAUGUGAUCAUUGUUUUAGAUGGCAGCAUGCAAUAUGUUACAGCAUUAAAGACAUAGAUUCAGUACCAGAUAAUUACCUUUGUAAUGUAUGUAAUCCAAGGAAUAUCGAUAUAAAACUAGCAAAACAAAUACAGAGAAAACGAUUUUUUUCAUUUUCUUUAGAAAGUGAUGCGAAAGAUAAUGAUGCAAAAACUAAUAAUAAAAAAAGAAAGAAGAUAGAAAGCAGUGAACCAUCUAAUAUUGGAAGUAAGAAUGGGAGUAUAUCUCAAAGAGAUGGUGUAAAAGAGACCAAAGUUGAAUCAACUCCCCCAUACGACCUUAUACGAAAGAAAGAACAUUUAAUUAAUGCAAAAGAUGCAUUUCCAGCCACAUUUAUUGCUAUAGAUAAUUGUUCUUUGAAGGAUUCAUUAGUCAAAAAAUUUCUAGCUUUUCAUAAAAAUGAUUCAUUUAUUUUGCCGUUCAAAGAAACUAAAAUAGAUAAUAAUAGUACAGAAGUGAGGUCAUAUUCAUCCAUUGUCUAUUCACGAACAUUUCCAGGUUUUAAUAAAUUGGGUAUUUUUGCUACAAAAUUUUGUUCAAUGGGGUCUCUUAUAUGUGAGGCAACAGGUGAAUUAUAUUUUAAGAAGCAGUACCUAGAAGAUUCUAAAAAUCAGUACCGGAUAUGGGGGAUGCCAAAAAGAAAAGUGAUAUUCCAUGAUGAGUGGCCAAUAGUUAUUGAUCAACGGUUUUGUGGGAAUGAAAGUAGAUAUCUACGAAAGAGUUGUAAACCCAAUGUAGAAUUGGUGACGGUGAAGUCUUCAGAUGGAUCUCUAUCGUUUUGGUAUCGUGCUACAAAGGAUAUUGAAGAAAAUGAAGAGCUACAAGCAGGAUGGCAAUGGAAUAAGAAACACCCAAUAUUAAAAUUGAUUAAAGAUGAUACCAAUAUUUCAGAUUUAUCUAAUGAUGAGAAAAGUAUUUUAUUAGAAUCAAUUGAUGCCAUUUUAAGUACUUGUGAGUGUGCAUGUGGUAAUAAUAACAAACAAUGUCAUAUUUUUAGAGUUAAGAAAAUAAUUAAUACGUACUGUAAAUCCAUUCGUUCUAAAAUGAAUGUAAGAUAUAAAUUCAAUGAGGUAAUUAGCAAAUUAACAUCGCACCAGAAAAAGAGGGAACCUCCAAUACUUCAACGUUUGGUUGUUGACAAUAAGUUGCAACAAGAAGAAUUUGACAAGUUUUUAAGUAAAUUCUUUUCUGAUCAAAACGAAACUGAUCUAUCAGCUAUUGGAAAGUUGAAUAAAAGUCAUAUUGAUACUGUUUUAGCAUUCAAAAGAAGACGGUUUUUAACAGGAAAUAUACAACAGACUAGACAUCAUCAAAAAAAUGGUUUUUCAAAAUUGUUACAUUACAAUGAAGAUAAAGUAGAUAAUAUUAAUGAACUAUCUACACCUAUUGAAUUACUGGUGGAUAUUUCUGAUCUGGAUAAUGAUAAUAAUAAGAAAAAUGAAAUUCAGAAUAUCAAAUUUGCUAAUUCUACUUCUUUCAAGAAAUUGAGUUCAACGGGUAUUUCUCCUGCUGUAAAAGAUACAUUAAAAGAGCAUGAGAUUGUUGGGACUUUACAACAAACUAGUGACAUUAUUUCUAGAUCAUCAACCCCUUCAAUUAUGACAGAUAGUACAGAAUCAACGAUUGAGCCAACACAAGAUGUUCUGAACUCUCAGCAACAUGUACAGACAAUAAGAUCCAAAAAGAAAUUAUCAUUUGCUGAUUAUAAGAAAAAAUUAAGCAAAUAA